AAAAAAAAAAGGAAAAAAAAAAACCCUCAAACACAGUCUCUAACCCAAACGCAUCCUAUGUCUCGUUGGACUCCCAGUUUCUUCAUAUUCCAGUCUCUUAAAACGUAUUAUAAGUGUAUAAAUUAACACCGAGUACGAGGGGAAAAGCAUCAGAAACAGAACAGAAAAGGCAAAGCAAUAAAACAGCAACAAUUCAAUGCAUUCCAAUUGGUCAAGGAGUUAGGAUUAGCAGUGGAGAUUAAGAUGGAUUACAACAAGGGUUUUAGGUUAGAGAUUGAACCACCCAUCGUGACUGCGGAGGAGAUAAAGAGAGGAAUAAUAGGACUAAUGGAGCCAGAAAGUGACGUAAGGAAGAAGAUGAAGGUGAUGAGUGAAAAGAGUAGAAAAGCGUCCGUCAAGGGAGGCGGUUCUUCAUACUCCUCGCUUCAAGAUUUCAUUGGUCAUGUUCUAGGUAACAUGCCGUGAAUUGAUGCUUAUUGAAUGAGGUCAAAUUGUCAAAGUUUUUAGUGUUAUAAAAUUUCCCCAAACUU